AAAAAGUCACUCAGCGCUGUUUUUUUAAGCCUCCGUCGUCUUACUAUCCUUCCUCUCGGCCAUGGCGUACCGCGGGCAGGGCCAGAAGGUGCAGAAAGUGAUGGUGCAGCCUAUCAACCUCAUUUUUCGGUACCUACAAAAUAGAUCCCGGAUUCAGGUUUGGCUAUAUGAACAAGUGAACAUGCGGAUAGAAGGCUGCAUCAUUGGUUUUGAUGAAUAUAUGAAUUUAGUUCUGGAUGAUGCUGAGGAAAUUCACUCGAAAACAAAAUCAAGAAAACAGCUGGGUCGAAUCAUGUUAAAAGGAGACAAUAUUACUCUUCUGCAAAGUGUUUCCAACUAGAAAAUGCUACCUAGUAUGUUUCUGUUAUAAUAUUAUCCUUUAAUCCUUAAAAAAAAAAGUGCUAGCUUAAUGCUAUCACUUCUGACUUGGUAUCUGAGAAGAGACAAGAAUGAAGCCAGCUACUUAGUUCAUGCUUGUGUAACUUUCAAUAACUCUUUACACUGGUGUGUUUCUUUAUAAAUAAAUGGUUUUGUUAAUA